AUGUCUGAUCUUGACGACACGAACUUUGCACGGCGUCUUCCUUUUAUUGUCCACUAUGAUUGGGAUAAUACGGGAGCUACUGACUUUAGUAAGCUGAUUCCCGCCGAGAUCUACGUUGCUAGGGAGCCCAUGGUAUAUUUGCUUCUCCUCCGGGACUAUAUCAGGCCUUGCACCGAAAUCUGCAACCCCUGUAAGGUGAAGUGCUGCGAGAUAUUUAUUAGAGGAGCUUCGGGGCGAAAGUUUUACUGGAACACGAACGUCCAGCAGCUCCACUGGCUCAAGGAUGAAGAGCUGCUCGAGGCCAAGCUCGCGAAAUUGGGCUACAUCAAGGAUAACGGUUACGGCGUAUUCAAAGACGAGGCCGAGAUCUGGGUCGACAAGUCGUACGAGAUGCUGACUCUUACGUUGAGAGUGUGGCUAAACCUCACCCGUGGCGUCACUAUAUGCACGAAAUACGGCACGGACCGAAAAACAUAUCACCCGAUUCUAGUGUCGGCCCUCAUACGGCGGCUGCGGUUCAUGAUCAAGGGCGGCUACACGAUACACAACCUGGCCCAAGACGGGGGCCAGGCGCUGCAGCAAUUCCUGAUGGAAACCAACUUCAACCUGGACUACCCCUACAUGCCCCGAGACUGCACGUGCCGCCUCUACCGCGACGCGCUCGGCGGCAAGAAUGCCGACGAAUUCACCGCCCUUGAGUGGGUUGAUAUAGUCCUUAAUACCGCUAGGAAGCAGAUCGACGGGCAGAUCAUCGGGAGCUGGGACGUACUCAACAAUGACAGGCCCGCGAUUUGGCAUGACCAGAACCUUCGCCCUCUUUGCAGCGGCUACACGGUCGAAGAGUCAUGGCACGAGUGGACCUUCAGAGCGAGAUGGACCAACGAACCGUUUAACGAAGUCUUGUUGGAUGAACCGUCAGGCAUCGCCGAGGCACAGGCAAGGGCCAAGUGGCAGGCAAAGGCCGAGAGGAGGCAGGCAAGGGCUGAGAGGAGGCAGGCAAAAGCCGAGAGCGAGCCGAGUGAGGAGAGCGAGGGGAACGAGGAGAACGAGGAGAACGAGGAGAACGAGUUGAGCGAGUCAAGCGAGUCGAGCGAGUCGAGCGAGUCGAGCGAGUCGGAAGACGAGGGACCGAUCAGAAGUGGCUCCGAGGUCCGGGAGAAGGCCAUGUACCACGUGAUCAGGUACGAGCUCUGCUCGAUGUGGGACCCCAAGCACGCCCAUUUCAAACCCCUGCAUGAUGUGGAAGAGGAGAUGUCCUCCAAGAAAAAUGACGACAUCGAGGCGGACAACCAACUCUAUACGCUGUACACGGCCUCCGUCCCAUAUUUUAAAGAGGCCGGAUCGUGGUGCCUGUAUCGUUGGGACGACGAGUCCAUUCAUAGCGAGGAGACGCCGCACGAAGACCCCCGACUAUACUGCAUAUCUGUACCAUUCUUUACCAAUCCCUGA